CCACCUACCUGAUGAUGGUGAGGGGAUGGUGUGUGACCUUCCUGUGUGGAAUCACGGGAAUACAGAGGAUGGGGACAUCUCUCUGGUGGGUUCCCCAUGACUGGAUCCAUCUGUAGGAAACACACACACACUGACUGAAUCCAUGAUUCUUCUAUGUGUUUUAUCUCAAUAUCUUCAUGCCUGGACCCUCAAUUCCACCUACCUGAUGAUGGUGAGGGAUGGUGUGACCUUCCUGUGUGGAAUCCCAGGAAUACAGAGGACCGGGACAUCUCUCUGGUGGGGUUCCCAUGACUGGAUCCAUCUG